UAGUUUCUACCAACAAGUGAGAAAGACAUAAUAACGAAGGCGUGCUGUGGAUCCAUGGUUGAUAUUGGAUCCAAUGCCUUCAACAGUGAAACCCCUAAUCCAAUCAUAAACCCUAAAACCUUAAUUAAUUGAAUCUCAACCAUACAAAUCCAAGUUUCUCUUACACUCCCUCAUUGUUGUCAGACAGAUUUCUUUACUUUUCCACUUUUAGGUUUACUAAUUUUGACUUGUGAUGGGUAAAGGCGGUGGCUGCGUACCAAGUAAGAAAAGCCCACCCGCGGUUGACACCGGUAAUGCUCCGCUCAGUAUCAGUUCGCCGACCACCGUGGCGGAAUCUCAAAGAAGAGACAUUGAAGUCCCGAUAGUGACAGCGGCGAAGCUUAAGAUACUGAUUGUGUUCUACUCGAUGUACGGGCAUGUUGAGACACUGGCGCGUAGGAUGAAGAAGGGAGUCGACGGCGUUGAAGGAGUGGAAGCGGUUUUGUUCCGUGUACCGGAGACGUUGUCGGAUGAUGUACUGACGAAAAUGCGGGCGCCAUCGAAGGACGAUGAGAUUGGCGAGAUGUCAUCAGUUCAUGAGCUGGAAUCGGCGGAUGGAUUUUUGUUUGGGUUUCCGACAAGGUAUGGGUCUAUGGCGGCGCAAAUGCAGGCGUUCUUCGAUUCCACGUCGCAGUUAUGGGGAGAACAGAAGCUCGCCGGAAAACCAGCCGGAUUUUUCGUGAGUACUGGUACACAGGGCGGCGGACAAGAGACCACCGCAUGGACAGGGAUCACACAACUAGCACACCAUGGGAUGCUUUUUGUUCCAAUAGGGUACACAUUUGGGGCAGGAAUGUUUAAAAUAGAGGCAAUUAGAGGGGGUUCACCUUUUGGAGCUGGAGUAUUUGCUGGAGAUGGGACACGUCAGCCUACUGAAACAGAAUUAGCACUUGCUGAGCAUCAAGGAAAGUACAUGGCUGGUGUUGUAAAGAAGCUAGCACAACCACCUUGUUGACCUCUUUCUUCUUUCACAUUCAAAUGUUUAUACAAUUUGUGGCUUUGAAUUUGAUUUUUCGAUACGUUGAAAUGAUAUGUACAUUUGUAAUCAUAUACCCUUUGUUUGUUUGUU